AUGGACGAGUUCAACCGGAAAUGGGGUUACUUUGUCAGUAAACACCCAUGGUUGCAUAUAUUGUUCAGCAUCGCAUUAAUAUUGGUGUUCGGAAUUUGGAUCAAAAAUUUGAAAAUCGAAUUGGACAUUCGAGUAUCGUUCUCACCUCCGGAGUCUGGAGCUGCUCAGUAGGUUUCUGAGGGUUUUCUUGGAGAUGACACUAGUUUUGGUCGAUUUUUAGACGAAAUUUUGGGGUUUCUUUAUGUUGUAUAUUAAGAGUUUGGCAAUAUGAUGGUCAUUUUUUAAGAGAAAACGGAGCAAGAUGUUGUUUAUUAGCGUCUAACGACCUUAAACUUACUAUAAUCUUCAAAAUUUUGCACUAAAAUUCUUUUUAUCUUCAGUGAAAACCGAGUAUACAAAGAAUUCUUCAACCUCACAGCCUCUCCUCAACGAUCAUUUAUAUUAUUAUCGGCCAAAGAUGGAGGCUCAGUAUUACGGCCAGAAUGUCUCAAGGAUGUGGUCAAAUUGGACAAGAGUUUUUCUGGGUUUUUAAAUGAAAUCGACUCUUAUUCAGGCCUAAAACAAUGUGAUCCUCUAUGUAAUUUGAACAAACCUCUACACAUUAUUUUGGUAGGUUGUAGUAGAACAUUUAGGGCAUUAUGAAGACAAGGAUAGAAUACAUAAAGUUUCUUAAAUUGUGUUAUAAAAGCCGUUUCAGUAUCGUACUAAAACAUCUCUUUUAGAAUCACUUACUGUCAGCGAACAAAAGCAGCAAAGCCUUGUUAUUGGACUUUCCAAGCUCGAAUUACAAUGGAAUCGACAUUUUUGUGGGUAUGAACAUGGCUGGAGCUACUGUUCAUGGUAGGUUUUUUUCAAAGUUUUUAAAAAGUUAAAGAUAAUAUCAAGGCGGUUAUAUUAGACUGGGUAAAAAAGUUUUGCGCUUUUUUGACAGCAUAAAUUUUAAAAAUUGUCAAAGAUACUAUAAUAUCAGAGCUAAAUAAUUAAAAGGGACAUUAUUAGUUGAUUACAGUUGAAUUUAAAGUAAUUUUUGACAUAUUUGUAAUAGUUUUUAACAGUGUUUUUCCGGUCCGGUCCGCGGACGGGUCCGGUCCGGACCCGACGGACCGAAACAAAAUUUUUUGUGGACCGGACUCAAAAACCUGCGGACCCGGACCGAAGAAAAAGCUCCGGACAGUUUUAGCGCUUCUGGCUUUUUUUAAAAAUAAAAAAAAAAUUUUUUGCGGACCGGACCCAAAAAAUUCGGGUUUACACCGGGCCCGAAAAAUCGCCGGACUGGACCGGUAAAAAACGCUCCGGACCGGUCCGGGCAAAACACUGAUUUUUACUUUUCUCAUUGCCCUUAUUGAGCGAAAUGGGAGAAAAAGCUCGCGAAAAGAAGAGGGUGGUUAGAGAUGAAGAGACCGAUAGCUCUUCUUUUACACUUUCUCGCGAUUCGUGCAAUCCAAUCGAAAAACGAGUGAUCUUUCAAUGACCUGAAAGGGAAAAGAGUUGAUCUUCGGAUUAAUAUCCCAAGUUUGAGGUUAGCUCAUGUUCCAGCUCGGGUACUUCUGUGGCUGAAAAGGGAAAUUUUGGAACGUUCUGCUGUUGUGGAACAUAUAAAAUUUAAAUUGCGCUAGUAAAUACUGUUUCUAAUAUAAAAAAUGACUAUAUACUGUGACUAAUACUACAAAGUAAUGUUGGUAUCUUAAUUUUUAGACCAAAUCUUCCCUCAAAACAACUCUCGCAUUUCGUCCGUAAAAACCAUAAUCUUGUGGUACUUUGCACGUGCUGACACGUUAUAUGCCAAGAAACGAUUGAGCGAUAAAACUUCUGAAAUGUUUCAACUUGGUCAAGAAGGUCGAUUUCUAGAAAAUGUCAAAUUCGAAGUGUUUGGCGACGAAAUAGCCAACAAAGAAAUGGUCCGUGGAGCGAUCGAAGCGACCGUGCUGAUGAGUAUUGGUUUCGUACUGUUACUCAUAUUUGUCACUUUUACUGUGUACCACAAGAUUGGUUCCAUGUCCAAGUUAGCAGUACCAAUAGUCGUAUUUACCUCAGUUUUGUGUCCUUUUUUGGGAUGUUUUGCGGCUUUUGGUCUUUGUACUCUGCUUGGAUUUCAAACCUACACCAUUAUGUGUGUGGUACCGUUUUUGGUGCAAGGAGUUGGUGUGGAUGAUGCUUUUAUAUUGCUACAGUCGUGGUCACAACAUAGACGUAUCAAGUCUCAUGAAGAAAGGACUGCUGUUGUGUUUGCUCAUGUUGGACCAUCGAUUACUAUAACAUCUUUGACCAAUACUAUUGCUUUUGGCAUUGGGUUCUUUACUCCUACUCCUCAGGUAUGUUUUUGUAGUUUACUGCUUGAUUUGGUUUUUUAUAUAAGAAAAAUAAGGUACAAAUAACAUCGCAAGUUAGGUUAAAAGCUAGUAUACGAUUAGGUAUAAGGCUUGUAAUGAACUUUUGUAUAACUUUUUUAAAUUUUAAGAGCGAACAAAAAGGUUAAACUAUCUUAGCCUACUUUAAUAUACUUUCAGAUGUCCCUUUUCUGCCUCUGCACGUCCUUUGCCUUGCUGUUCGACUACAUAUUAACUUUUACAAUGUUAGCACCAGUAAUAUCAUUAUGUACAAAAAACGAAAAACAGUUUACACCAUUAGCGACAGUACUAUCGGAGUCAGAAGCUCAACGUGUACCAAGAGGCAUCUUAAUGUACUCAAAGUUCUUGUGCUCAACGAAAGGAAGAAUCACUGGAAUAGUACUGUUCAUUGUGAUGCAUAUAUUCACAUACUGGGGUGUUGUUACCAUGAGAUCUUCGUUUGAACCAUCUAAAGCGUUUCCAUCCGAUUCACCACUGGCUAGCUCUAUUGAUACUGUUAGGUAGGUUAAGGAGUUACAACUUGAAAAAUUAUUUUUGGAUUUUAUAGAUUUAGAUAUUGUUUUAGAUACCAAAAAAAGGUAGUAUUGCAUCAGAUAAUAGAAAAAGUAAAUGUGGCUAAAUUUAUCUUUGGAAAAAAAAUUUUAAUUUUUGUUAUGGAACUUAUCUGUGAAGGCUUAGUGAAAGAAAAGUUAAGCUGAAUUUUUCUUGAUAAUCGUUUUUGAUAUUAUCGUGGAAAAAAAUGUUUUAAUGUAAAAUACGAAUGGUGUGAAAUAAUCUUGAAAUAAAUUAUUUUAGAAGCGUUUUCAACGAGUUUUUUCCAGUCAAUGUUAUUGUAAAUCGACCGCCGAACGUUGAAGAUCCAUUACAGGUAAGCCGAGUUACAUAAGAAGUACAAUAAAAUGGAAUUCUCUAGGGGUGAGAGAUGGGCUGUGUAGGCAUUAAGAUCGGGCCGGGCCGGGUCCAAAAAGUAUAACAGGUCCGAUCUGUUUUUCAACCCUGGGAUUUGACAACUGACUGGAUCUACCAUACUGGUUUAGAGGAAAGUUGGAAAAAAUUGUCGCGAAAAGCUGACAAAAUUCCUCUUCCCCUCCCUCUCACCUGUUGGAUAUUACAAAAAAAAGCUGUUUUUACUUGAAUAUUUUACAAAAAUUAGAUUUAAUAAUUUAAAAAAAUAUAUAUUUUUUUCAGCUAGCAAAUUUCUACGAAAUGGUAUCAGAACUGGAAGCUCUACCUCCAUCUUAUGGUUCAAAUAGGACAUUGUUAUGGUUACGAGCGUUUGAGAAGUUUGACUACGAAACGACACAAUUAUUUGGAUAUUUGGGUUACAAUACGUCAGACUACAGCUUGAGCUACACAAACUUAGAUCUGUUUUUGGAUUAUGCUGAACAUCCAGCUGCUAUCAAGACCAAGACUGUGAAGUAGGUUGCUUUGCACAAUAGGUAGUAUGCAUAAUCAUUAUGUUGCGUUUUAUGAAGAAUUUAGGGUUUUUAGGUAUUUUUUGGGGAUAUUACUGUAGAUUACAGUAGAAUAACAAAUGGUUUUUAAAUUUCAAUUUAAUUUUUUGAAAUUUCAGUGACUCCCUGACCGUAUCCGCCUUUCAAUUCAGUUUCAUAACCAAAGGGCAGGCUGAAUGGGCGAUACGAGCCGUGACAGAGCAACAAGCGCGUGACAUACUACUACGGUAUCCAGAGUUCAAUGCUACAAUAUAUGACGGUGAUAGCUCUAUUUUGGACUUGUUACUGACAGUAAAGAUGGAUCUUAUCGGGUCUAUGGCGGUUACCGUGGCUUGUAUGACUAUUAUAUGCUCCAUUUUCAUACACAAUCAGGUUGGAGUCAUAUUGGUGGCUAUGACUAUUACUUCUGUUUGUUUUGGUAGGUUUUGAGGGGUGUUUUUAAAGUUUUUAAAAUUUUAAAGAUAUUUUUUUGGAAACAUUUUGUAGGUAUGCCUUUAUAUAAUAAAAACCAUUUUAGUAAAACGCAUACGUAGAACUUAAAAAUUUGCAUAUUAACACAUAUUACUAUAAGGAACAUUUUUGUAAUUGUACAUUUUUUGAUUGGAUUACUGUAACAUGCAAAAAAAUUAAAUUGGAUUGUCUAAUUUACUUAAUUUUCUUAAAUUUCAGCUUUGGUGGGCUUCAUCUCAUGGUGGGGCGCCGACCUCGACCCAGUAACCAUGGUGGACGUUCUACUAGCUACAGGCUUCAGUGUGGACUACACAGCCCACAUAGCUCACCAAUAUUAUGUCAAAGAAUAUUCAUCUAACCUCCUUCGUAUAGCUCACUCACUUCACGAAAUGUCAGGACCAAUGAUUCAAGCCGGCUUCUCGACCAUUCUCUGCAUGUUACCAUUGAUCUUUGUCCCAACUUAUGCCAUUGUAGCCUUUGCCAAAACAGUGUUUGUCGUUGUUGGUGUUGGUCUACUGCAUGGACUGUUCUUCAUGCCUAUUGUAAUAUGUUGGGUGCCCUAUAGGUUUGGUACUUGUGGCAAAAAGAGCAGAUCGGAGCAGAGUAGUGUCAGUGAAAACCCGUCGACGGACUCGGCUCAGGCGUUGCUCAGGACUACGUGA